AAACCUCUCGGAGCUUCCUCUGUUCAUCUCAGGACGCUCCCUGGGGACCCGCAGGUGUUGCUGCCCACCAGGCUUGAGCUGGCCCAGCCAGGCCCCUGACCCCACCUCAACCCUCACCAGGAAGCCGGCAUUUUCUGCUUCCUGAGUCGUGGGCCUCAUCGUCUGGUGGGGGGCAGGGUGCUGCCCUGGGGGGCUGAGGGCCAGCAGGAGCCUGACCUCACACAGCUGCAGGGAGGGCGACCUGCAUGCCGAGCGCAGCCCUUGCGCCAUGGACCGCAGCCAGCCCAGCCUGGAGCCCGCGGCCAUGGCCCCCGGCGCCCCCGGCCCGAGCGUGAUCGCGCCCGUGCGCGCCGUGGUGCGACUGCGCCGCCGUGUGUGCCUCCUGCGCAAGCGACGCCUCCCGCCGCCGGGCCAGGCGCCGGACUCUGGGCCCCAGGCGCCGCGCGCGGAGCCUAACCAGCCGCGAUUCUUCACCUUCGACGGCCCCGCCGAGCUGUCCUCGAGGACGCCGCGCAAGAGGCGCCGGCGCAGCCGCGUGGUGCUCUACCCGGAGACCUCACGCAAGUGCCGGCCGCGCGCGGAGCACCGGAGCCGCGCACAGUGCUGCCUGUUGUUGCUCGUGGCCAUCGUGGGCUUCCAGGUGCUCAACGCCAUCGAGAACCUAGACGAUAACGCUCAGCGCUACGACCUGGACGGGCUGGAGAAGGCGCUGCAGCGCGCCGUGUUUGGCCAGCCGGCUGCCGUGGGGCGCAUCGUGACGCUGCUGCGGGACUACCUGGCCACGCACGUGCACAGCCGCCCGCUGCUCCUGGCACUGCACGGGCCCAGCGGUGUGGGCAAGAGCCACGUGGGCCGCCUGCUGGCGCGCCACUUCCGCGCGGUGCUCGAGGAUGGCGCGCUCGUACUGCAGUACCACGCGAAGCACCACUGCCCCGAGCCGCGCGCCGCGCAGGACUGCCGAGAGGAGCUGGCGCAGCUCGUGGCCGACGUGGUGGCGAGGGCCGAGGCGGAGGAGAAGACCCCGCUCUUGGUGCUCGACGAGGUGGAGCUCAUGCCGUCGGCGCUGCUGGAUGAGCUGCACGGCUUCCUGCAGCCGCAGCGCUCCCACCCCUUCCAUAACGCCAUCUAUGUGCUGCUCAGCCGCACCGGGGGCGCGGAGAUCACGCGCUUCGUGCUGCAGAACGCAUCCCGGGCGCUGCCCCUGCGCCCCGACGGUGCCCACAGUGCCCAGGCCGCGGCGGCCGCGCGGGCCGAGGAGGAGCUGCGCGCCAGCCUGCAGGCGCUCCUGGUUCGCGAGCACCCGCUGUGGCAGGUGGCGGCCAUUGUGCCCUUCCUGCUGCUGGACAAGCGGGACGUGGUCAACUGCUUCCGGGACGAGAUGGCCGCGGAGGGCUUCUUCCCGGAGCAGGCCCGCGCCGAGCUCCUGGCGGCGCAACUUAGCUACCACCAAGUGGCGGGCCGCGAGUUCGCCGUCACUGGCUGCAAGCAGGUGGUGGCCAGGGUGAACCUCUUGUAGCACAGGCGCAGCUGGACACGGUGGACGCUAGCAGGACCAGGGGACGUUUGGGUUGAUGGCGGCAGUAGGAGGGAGGGGACCCUGUGGACUUGCCCCAGGUCCCUGAAUCCCCUAAUAAAUCUGUC